ACCGUCGCUUUGUUUACCUCCUUGAUCUGGAAAGAUCGUGAACAUUCACGUGUGUCGUUUGAGGUGAGAAGAGACGGUAUAAAAAGCCACACGCUGCACGUACAAACAAACGUAGUAGAUUUACACGACGAAACAUGUUACGUGCGAUUGUACCAAAAUCGUUAGGCAACAAGGGGCAGUACUUGAGGUGCGCUGUCACCGGCGACCCAGUCGUCUGCAAGCGUGGUUUGAAACGAUGGGUCCCCAUGAUUCGACCCCAACGUCACAGAGGCCCAUGGUGGGCCGACAGCUGGCCAGGGACAGGGCUCGAUAAUUUGAUCCACGAUCCUUUCCGUGAAACAGAGAGGGUCAUGAAUCAACUGUGGAAGAAUGCGUUUGAUCCACCGUAUUAUGUACGAGGCUUAGCCAGGACAGAUGUACAGUUGAAAUAUGAUGACAAAGUCUUCCAGAUAGAGUUAGAUGUGUCUGACUUUGCCCCAGAAGAGAUAGAAGUUAAGAUCAGUGACAAUACUCUCGUCAUUAAAGGUGAACACACUGACAAAGAGGAUAAACAUGGGUUGGUUGCCAGGCAGUUUUUACGGCAGUUUGCCAUUCCAGAGGAUGUUGACGUAGAUAGCUUUGAAUCCUUGUUAAAUGAUGAUGGCUCCAUGAUUGUGAAAGCACAGGUCAACCGCCCCGUCCCCAAUGAAAGAGUCAUUGAAAUAAAAAAACAGCAAAAGGAAACUGAAGACAAGAAAGAGUAGGACUUGUUUCAACAACUGAAUGGUGCUUUGUACUUUUGACUUCUGAAAUACAAAAAGUAUAAGUUUACAUAUGUGGAGCAGCUGGAUUAUUACAAAUGAUGCCUGAUCAUGUUUGCUAGUGAUUUUUUCUUAUGCCCCAUUUGAACUGCAGUACAAAGUAUGGGGGAAUGUUCAUUUUUAGUUUGCUUACAUGUAGCCUAGCAACUUCAGGAUUUCAAAGAAGAUGCAACCACUUACUGCAAUACAAUUUUCGUAUGUGGACAGCAGCACGAUGUCUUAUUUUUGUAUGUUUCAAAUAAUAUAUCACAAUGGUUCAUUUAAUCAGUUGUUUUUUUAUUUCAUAAAUCAAUUGUUAAAACAUAACAUGCUUUCUGUUAAAUGUAAUAAAAGAUU